CCCAGGCGCCCUGGGGUUCAGUAUUCUAAUCAGUUUAACUUCCAAUGGAGCGCCGAGAGUGCUCUCCAAAGAGAGAUUCCUCCAUAAUUUUUAGGUCCGUGUUUGGUUUAAAAAUGGUAAUAUUAAGCAGAACCAUCUGCUGUUGUUCCUAAAAUUCAUUUAGCUUUGAGUUAGCAUUGUCCAGUCAUUGGUAGUAAAAAUGUAAGAAAUCCUUGCCUGCUGUGACAAGUGAAGUACUUAGCAUCUGGAGCUUGUUGUAUGGGAGGCUCUUUGUAACCCUCUGCAUGUUUUUUGAGUAUGAAAUCCUCUUCCCUGUAAGAGGAUUUUUCUGGAAAAAAAAAAACUUCGGGCACUCAAAGAUGCUGAUUUCUGUCAUUGAGAAAGUAGAAGAUGCAGGCCCCUGACCUUCUCUUUUGAUCCUUAUAAGACCAGAAAGCCUCCAGAGUGGCUCUGGAAGGUCUGUUCUUUGGUCACCUGAACCUGGCCUCCUUCCUUCAAGCGACCAGCCCAUUGGGCUGGCUUUGCCAAGGAGGUCUAACUAGGAACAUGCAGUUGACUUUGUGAGAACCCAAACUGAAGUACAUUCUUGUUUCUCUGGCACAGAAACUUGCCUUCAUGGUGUCUCUAGGAUUGGUAACACAUGACCAUCUAGAAGAAAUCCAAAGCAAGAGGCAAGAGCGAAAAAGAAGAACAACUGCAAAUCCAGUAUACAGCGGAGCAGUCUUUGAGCCAGAGCGUAAGAAGAGUGCAGUCACAUACCUGAACAGUACAAUGCAUCCUGGGACCCGGAAGAGAGGUCGUCCUCCAAAAUACAAUGCAGUGCUGGGGUUUGGAGCCCUUACCCCAACAUCCCCCCCAUCCAGUCAUCCUGACUCCCCUGAAAAUGAAAAGACAGAGACCACAUUCACUUUCCCUGCACCUGUUCAGCCUGUGUCCCUGCCCAGCCCCACCUCCACAGACGGUGAUAUCCAUGAGGAUUUUUGCAGCGUUUGCAGAAAAAGCGGCCAGUUGCUUAUGUGUGACACGUGUUCCCGUGUGUAUCAUCUGGACUGCUUAGACCCUCCUCUGAAAACGAUUCCCAAGGGCAUGUGGAUCUGUCCCAGAUGUCAGGACCAGAUGCUGAAGAAGGAAGAAGCAAUUCCGUGGCCUGGAACUUUAGCAAUUGUUCAUUCCUAUAUCGCCUACAAAGCAGCAAAGGAAGAAGAGAAACAGAAAUUACUUAAAUGGAGUUCAGAUUUAAAACAAGAACGAGAACAACUAGAGCAGAAGGUGAAACAGCUCAGCAAUUCUAUAAGUAAAUGCAUGGAAAUGAAGAAUACCAUCUUGGCCCGGCAGAAGGAGAUGCACAGCUCCCUGGAGAAGGUAAAACAGCUGAUCCGCCUCAUCCACGGCAUCGACCUCUCCAAACCUGUAGACUCUGAGGCCACUGUGGGGGCCAUCUCCAACGGCCCGGACUGUACCCCCCCUGCCAACGCCGCCACCUCCACGCCGGCCCCCUCCCCCUCCCCCCAGAGCUGCACAGCGAACUGUACCCAGGGGGGCGAGACUAAAUAACAGAGCCCCGCCAGGAGAAGCCGCAGGCUCCCGGCGGCCAGGAGAGCAAAAACACUGAAGACUCUAGAAAAGCAAAGCCGGAUUUCUUCUGGAAAGUACAGAAUUCUUUUGGUUCUUUGGUUCCAGAGAGAGAGAAGAUGCUAGUGCCGGGUGGCACCGGAGUUUGCCAAUUGAUCCUUCUUAUUCUGUGUGUACAUGCAAAGAUUGGACCAUGUUACAUGAAAUAGUGCCAGCUGGAGGUUCUUUGCCAGCACCAUGCCAAGUGAAAUAAUAUAUUUACUCUCUCUAUUAUACACCAGUGUGUGCCUGCAGCAGCCUCCACAGCCACCAUGGGUUUGUUUGCGUUUUGUUGGGUGGGGAGCAGGGACGGGCGGAGGGAGGAGAGCAGGUUUCAGAUCCUUAUUUGCCGAGCCGUUUGUUUAGGUAGAGAAGACAAGUCCAAAGAGUGUGUGGGCUUUCCUGUUUCUAAACUUUCACUACUAUAAAACCAAAAAAAAGGAAAUCGAGAUUUAACCAACCCCAGUGCCCAGAGGAGGGAUGGGAGGGAAUGGGAGGGAGCCGGGGUGGGAAAAGUCUAUCAAAUAAGCAGUAUUUCCUAUUGUCCGGGGUGGGGCACAAUGCACGGGGAAGUGGACACCGAGGACAGCCACGGGGUCCUUCUCCCGCACACUCCGCCUCCCGCCCCGGACGCCCCCACCACUCCCCGCGUUCCUUCCCCGCUUUGGCAAAUUGGCGCGCAUCCCCGUGGAUGAUCCGGUUACCUUCCCUCUCCAAGAACAGGCAAGAGGCCUGCUUGGUGGGCCAUUGCCCGGGGCAGGGAAGAAGGGUGUGUGUGUCCAGGAGGGAAAACAAGGUGGAUCAGUGAUUUUUACUUGAAAACAAGCUCCAUCCCUUUUCUAUAUUUAUAAGAAGAGAAGAUUCUGAGCGAAGCAGCACGCGACCCAGGUGUGUGUGAAUUGAAUGGAGAUGUUUCUUUUCUCUUUUUUUAAAUUUUUGUUUUGUUUUGUUUUCUUUAAGAAAAAAGUUUUAUUUUGUUGUUUAUUUUACUUUUUUGGUAACAAAAACUAAAAUAAGGAAUAGAAAAGCUGUUUUUCAGGCUGACAGUCAAUUAAGGGUAGUCGAGGCCGUGCAUGGUAGAAUAGGAAUCAUAGUGUCAGUGAGGUCCAGUGAGUCCGUGUGAGUCCUUGUGUCAUCGUUCGGGGCACUGUUUUUUAUGCAAGGGCAAAAAUCUUUGUAUCUGGGGAAAACAACAACAACAACAACUUUUUUUUAAAUUAAAAAGGAAAAUAAAAGAUAUUGAGGUCUUCCUAGUGUUACUUAAAUUAAGAUCAAGGUAAGAAACAUUGUAAAAAAAAAAAUUACAAAAGUGCUAUUUGUUUCCUAAAAACAGUGAUUUCUAUUAAAAAGGUGUCAGAACUGGAGAAAAUGCUGUGUAGUUAUAAUUUUUUAGCACAGAACCUGCUGAUCAUGAUGACAUUUUGCUGUGUUUGUGUCUCAAGACUGGUGGGCUAGUCUCCAUGAUUUCUGUCCUCUGGGCGACUGCAGCCCUGACGGGCAGCGGCCAAGCCCUCCCACCACUCUCCCCUCCUCGGAAAGGACUGUCCUCUCUUCUUGGCGCAGGGAUCUGGGCUUCUGUUUUUGAAGCCCACAUGGAGUGUGGAUGGUUAUCAGGGCCCUACCCUACCCAUUGUCUCCUCGGAUUUUGCUAGAGCAAAAGGCUGGUGCCUAAAUAAGAUCCUUUCCUUUGGUGCUGCUCUCCGUCUUUCAGCCACCAGCAUUGUGAGUGCCUGGGGGACAACUUUGAAGGACACGGCCAGUGACACUCAUCGGUGCCCAGGCACCCUGGCCUUGGUGGGAGGGUGCAGGGGGCAGGCUGGCUGCAUCAGCCCUUGGUGCUGAGAAAGAACAAAGGAGUGAGAGGUCUUGAGGGUACAUGGUGUCUCUGAGACAAAGAGCCCCAGGGUGGCCUUUGUGUCUGUCUUGCCUUUGAAGAGGUCUGACUCUCCAGCCGCUUUCUCUGCCUGCUGGCUCCAGGUACCGGCGAUAGAGUUUACUGCCCUUUGCCCAUCCACAAGCUUCCUGGGCGACCUUUGGCUAGAAUCGCUGUGCUUGCCUUGGCUUGGCCUGUCUCCUCCUUGAGAAAACCAGGGUUCUGAAAGACUCGGACCAUUUCUAUCAUCUUGCCUCGUGGGAAGUAAAUUUUGUCAGGUUUGUGCCCUCAUCGGAGACCUUGGCCCAUCACGUGCCUGGCCCACAGGAGGGAGGCAGGCGCUUGUCGCCGCAGCUCUUCUGGGACAGCUCUCCCAAGCCCGCCCCAUACUCCAUAAUGGCCAGAGUCUAGGAGGGGCAGAAAAGGUCCCAUUAGUUUCUCCCUCACCCAGUUAGGCCCAGAGAUCCCAGUUAGAACCCUGAAAGCAAAUUCAAGAGAAAGGGACACUUCUUAGGUCAAAUAUGCCUCAUCUCUACUGGCCAUUUCCUCUUCCCAGGAAUGUUAGGGGAUUAGGAGUUGUUCUACAGGCCUCAGAGUCAGGCCCUGGCUUCGAGGUUGCCUGAGAGGGACAGAGGAGCUCCCUUUUCUCCUGCAGAAACCAAGGUGCUACGUCUAGUCAGGGAGCUUUGGAGAUGCCUGGACUAGUUGGAGGAAUAGUUGGCGGAGAUUAAGAGCCCAGCAGCGGGCUGUACGCCCAGUCUUAAGCUCUCCCAUUUGACUUGUCUGGGCCCAGAGACUGGGAGUUGCCACAUGAUACCUGUCUCUUCUUGAAAGGAGUUAGGAAACGAUCAUCAUCACUAGAGGCCUUUGCUCAAAAAGGAGCUGCCUGCGAAUUCCCGGGGUGUCGGGGGGAGAUGGGGCGUGGGUACAGCUAGGCACUGACCAGCAUUUUGCCUGCUGUUGUGAGUACUCACACUCUGGCCUUGCCUGGGGUUGGGAUGUGGAGUCUUCCUAAGUGCAGGUAUGAGCUGUUCUGUGAGUCAGCUAGUGUGGAGUACAAAUGCAACCCUGCCCCCAAACCCCCACAUUCUGGACUCAAAUCCCAAAACUCUACUUACUGCCAAGAAAAGGCCCUGGUCACCCUGUCUCCUUUUCCUCUACUGUCCUGCCAAGAAAAGACCCUCUCUCUGUGCCCUAGACCUGCGGGUGCUUGUGACCACCUGAGACACGCAUUCAUGCCUGCCUCACCUGGGCUGUCCCCACCUCCCUCUCCUUCCCUCUGCUGCUCUUUGGCCAUGCCCGGGUUUAGCUGCUCACGGGCACAUCUCAGACCAGCUGGCUUCGCAGUCACUUCACGUGCCAGGGAGUGGCUGGUCUGGGGCCCUUGAUCAGGCCCGUGACGCAGGCACUGCACCCUGGAGCUGCUGAGCUCAUGUUGCUGUCAUCUUCCCGCCUCACGUUCUUGCCAAUGCCGCCCGCAGGUCCUUUUUCUCUCCUGGAGCCUGCUGGGUCUUGUCUCACCGCUGCUGCUGCGCUCAUCCAGAGGUCUGCUUUCUCCCUUCUUUAUCAGGCCCUUUGGGGCGACCAGGCUCGGGGCAGCCCCCAGGUGGGCCCUUCUCUGGGUGGCGCUGCCCUGCGGCCACCUCCAGCCAGCAUGCAUCUGAGUGCCCGGUUUCCCUGCGGGGCCUGCCUGUCCCGGCUUCUUCCUGGCUCAGGCUCAACAGGCAGUGCGAACGGGCACAACGGCCGCCCCAUGCCUCUCCCCGCGAGUGAGGGUGACUGUUUCACGUUCACUAAGUCUGCAUGUACGGUUGCUCCUCCAGCCAUCUCCGAUUCUUCCUCUUGGGGCCAGCAGAGCCUCUCUGGGCUCUCAUCCCAAGUCACACGAUGCGCUCUAAGCGGUUUCCUCCCUUCACUCCCUUUUAGGGUGUGGUCUUUCUGAUUUACUCAAAGGGCUUAAUUUAGGAGACUUUUACCCCAGGGGUAAAAGGCUCUUCUGGGGUAGUAAGAUGGAUGGUGGCUCAGGUAUUCUUCAGGCCCUGGGUUCUCCAGAUUCCAUGGCUUCUGUUGGAUAGGGGAACUUCGCUCUGUGUAAAUGACUGUGGGCCUCACCCCCACCCCUCAGCUGGGCACCCCUGGCAGGAAAUAGGAGACCCAUUCUCACCCUGACUUAUAGCCGUCCUCGGUGUCCGCUCCUCUCCAAGGGAGGGGGUGGCCCCCGGGAAGAUUUCCCUGGCCCUCCGGCAUUAGUGAAGGGGAGGACACUGGGGGUCGCCCCCUCCAGAGAGCCACGGUGGAACUCUAAAGCCCUUGUAGAGGAAGGGCAGGGCUCACAAAUUCCACUUUGCUCCCCCCUCUCCCCACGAGGCCCUUCCUCCCUGAGGACUCUGCCAUCCCCCACAGCAGCCUUUGGCCCCUGUACCUCUGUGUCGUUGGGUCCUCGGCCCAGGGUAAGCUGCAGUCAGGCGGGACAGGACGGGCAGCCAGAGGUCAGCAAGCUCCGAGCAGAAAAGAGCCAGCCAGCCCCCAAUCCUGUCUCUUUGUCCACGCCCUUUGUGAUUUCAGUCUUGGUAGAACUUGUAUUUGGAGUUUUGUGCUUCAAAGUUUUUGUUUUUGUUUGUUUCAUUUUUGUUUUGAGGGGGUGGGGGGGGAUCCAGAGCAGCUGAUCAAUUUGUAUUUAUUUAUUUUAACAUUUUACUAAAUAAAGCCAAAUAAAGUC